AUGUCGAAUCUUCGAAGUACCGGACAUUUACCAUUAAAAACACCCAUGACUAAUAAAUGGAAAUCUCAAGCACCAAGUAGUGAUAUACUUGAAAGACAAACAAGAGCACUAGAAGAAAGUUUAAAUAAAUUAAAAUUAGCUAUGCAUCCUGAUAAAACAAAAUCCACUACUGAAGCAAAUGUUUCUAUUUGGGAUAAAGGUAAAACAGGACCAUUAUCACAAUAUGCAAGUCAUGUUUUACGUGAUGAACCAAAACGAGUAUUCGAUGCUAAUAAACCAACAAGAAUUCGAGUUUUAGGCGAUGAACCACCAGCUACAGUUGUUCGACCAUCUCUUGUAGCUAAUUUAUUUACUGUUAAACCAACAGCGGCAACAACAACAACAAAUAAGUUUAUUAAAUGUGGUCAAUGUGAAAAAGAUGAAGCUAAAAUGAAAUGUCUUGAAUGUGCAGAAUCAUAUUGUGCUGCAUGUUUUGCACAUUUUCAUUUACGUGGUGCUUUACAACGUCAUCGUUGUGUAUCAUUAAAUGAAAGUCGACCAGCAACACCUCAAAAGAAAAAACCACCUAUUGGUGCCGAUGUUAUUUUUAAAGAAUUACGUUUUGCACAAUCAAAAGAUGAUUUUUUUCAAAAAUCUGGAACAACAACAGAUAAUUUUGAUUAUAAUGAUGAUGAUAUUCAAUCGGAAGAAGGUGAAGGUGGACAAUUACUUAAUGGUAAUUAUGAUGAAAAAAUUAGUGCUGCAUCAUUUCAACAAGCUCUUAAACAAUGGAGACAAAGUGGUGAUAAGAAAAAAUCUAAUAAAAAAAAUAAUCGAUUAAAAAAAUCUAAAUCAACACAUGAAGUAGCUGUUGAUACGGUAUAUGAUACAGAUUCAAAAUUAAAUCAAAUACUAAUGCCAAAUAUUGAAUUUCAUUCAUCUAAAUUAACUUAUGCAGAAAAACUUUUAGUAAAAAAAUAUCGACGUUCAAAUAAAAAUAAUCAAGAAUUUUUUAAUCAACGAAUACCAAUAACAAAUAGAACGCCAAGAGAAAAAUCGAAAAAUAUUCAAGAUAUUCAAGUCAAUCGUUCACUUCCUCAUAAUUUAAAUUUAGAAGAUACAAAUAUUGAAGUUGAACCUCUCUAUGAUGAUAUGUCAACAGUACGAGUCGACGAAAGUGCACGAACAAUUACUGCAGAAGAAACUCAUAAUAAUAAUAAUAAUGAAAAUAUUGAUAAUUUUGAUCAUGAUGAAGAAGAUGAAGAACUUAUGCGGUUAAAACAACAAGAACGAACUAAAAGUCGUACAUCAAAAAAACCAAUAUCACGUCCAAAUAGUUCUGCAAUGAGAAAAAACUCUAUAUCAUCAAGACCAAAUUCAGUAGCACUUUUUCAACAUCCUCUACCUUCAUUAUUAACAACAAAUCCAAGUGAUGAACUUAAAGCAAUUGUUGAUUCUCAAUCAAUACCAUCACGACCAUCAUCAGCUGCUUUAAAAAAACCAUCAAAAAUUGAUUGUCGACUUCCAACAAUGUGGAAUCGAAAUUGGAAACCUGAACAAAGUAUUUCAGAUGGUAUUGAAGUGAAAUUAAUUAAAAUCGAUCAACAUUCUAUUAAUCAAUUUGAUUCAGCACUUAAUGAUUUACUUGAUGAAACAAAAAUUGAAUUAGCUAGUAGAUCAAAUAGUUCAAUUGAAACAAAACGUCCACCAACAGCAACUAUAAUUCCAAUAAGUGCUCGUUCAGAAAAAGAUAAAUCUGUUAAUACACCAACACAAACACCAACAUUAACACCAACACCGACACCUCGUCGAAAUUCUCCAUUUCAUUUUACAAAUUUAUCUCGUAAAAUAGAUUCAUCAUCUUCACUAGAUACAGGUGAAGGUGGAUUUUUUACUGAUGUUACUCCACGAAAAGUUUCUAAACCACCUACUCCACCUCCUGUUGUUCCACAAUCACCAUCCAAUGAAUGGAAACAAUUAUUAAAAAAUCGAUCUGCUCGUUCAUCAAUAGAACAACGUCCUGUAAUACCUAAUUUAAUGUCAUUACGUAAAGCAUCUAUUGGAAGUUUAACACGUGCACCACCAAAACGUUCAAUAACUAUUGAUGAAGCUCAUCAUCAAAUGGAUGAUCAAAGUCGACCACCAUCAUCUCUAUCAUCAGCUUCACUUCCUGUUUCAAUAACAUCAUCAAAACCUGAUUUUAUUACACGACCAUCAAUUGAACGACAUCCAAAAGUUAUUCCACAACCUCAACCUCCACCUCCACCACCAACAACAACAACAAAAAAAUUUCGUGUCGAAUAUCCAAAGAAAACUUCUGCAACAACUGUUGUACCAAUGGUAAUUGAAGGUAAAAAAGUGAGAUCAGCAAAAAAUUCAGCACGUGAUAAUGAUGAAUAUUUACAACAAUCAAUGAAUUCAACAAAAAAUAAAAUAACAUCAAGUAGUGUACAAAAAUCUCAAAGUUUAUUAAAAACAAGUUCAACGAGUUCAAUGACAACAAUUACUCGUGAUGAUAAUGUUUUAAAAGAUGAAAGUAUGACAAUAACAGAUUUACCUUUAAAUAAAAGUAUGAAUCGUCGAUCAACAAAUAUCGAUCGAGAACCAACAAGAUCAAGAAAAAUCGAAUUUUCAGUUAGAGAUGGAGUCAAAUGGAAUCAAACAUCAUCUGAAUCCACAUCUCAUAAAGUAGUUUCAUCUUCUGGACCUCGUCGAUCUUCAAAAUUCAAUACUCCUCGACCAUCAACACCAUCAAAUCCAACAAAUUCAAAAGUUGCUCAACAAUUUAGUACAUAUGAUAAUGAUGAUGGACGAUCAUCACGUGCAUGUCAAGAUGUUGAAGAUGAAGAAUGUUUUAAUCAACUUCGUGAAGAACUUUGUUCAGAAUUGGGUAUGGCAAGUCCAGGUUGGGAUGCAAGUUUAAGUGAACAUGUAUUGAAAAAUCUUCGUGGUACUGAAAUACCAUUUAGUGAAAAAGAUUUGCAAGAUAAUUUAACAAUGCUUGAAAUAAAAUUACGUGAAACUGAAUCAAUUCAACGAUCACAAACAGAUGAUGAUUUAUCAGUACAUGAAGAAAUUCGAAAUUUAUAA